AUGAGGGGCAGCAGGAUGAGCCUGGUCGGGGCAGCGAUGCUGGCGCAGCUCUACGUGGUCGCCUCCUUUCAAGGCGCCUCUGGGGCUACCAGCGAUGGCCCUCCCUCCAGCAGUGGGGCGAGGACUCCCACCUCCGGUGGGAGCCCUGGUGGUAGUGGUACAAGGAGCUCAGCAGCAUCUACAAGCUCUGCAAGAGCCGGAAGCACCCCUGCAGGAGUGCGGGGGAGCCCCGCGGGAGCUGGUGGUAGCCCCGGCGGUGGAAGCGGAAGCACCCCUGUAGGAGGAGGGAGGAGCUUUGCGGGAGGUGGGAGUGCCGACGACGGCGACGAUGGAACUGGGAUCUCAAGCAGUGGGGGAAGGAUGUUAAGUAGAUCGUAUGAUGUUGAGCACUUUUUCAUUUACUUCAUGCUUGUUGUUUUAGCUGCAUUUUAG